AUGGUGGAUUCCAUUCUUUGUCCUUUUUGCUCGUCUACAGUGGAGACUGUGGAACAUAUUUUUGCUAAUUGCUCAGAGUUGAUUGUUCAUUGGACUCGUAUUGCGAUCUGGUGGGGUGUUACAUGUCCUUCUCAGUUGACUGUGGAUUCUCUUUUCAAUUGGGCUGAUUCUACUUCAUGGAAAAUUGGUCAACGUAAAGCUUUCGAUGCUGUUAUUUUGACUACUUUUUGGUGCAUCUGGAAUUUCAGGAACGGUGUGAUUUUCAAAGCGGAUACGCCUAAGAAAUCUUUGAUUUUUGAUGAUGUUGUUCAUAAAUCUUAUGUUUGGAUUUCUAGUAGGUGUAGUAAAGCCAAGAUUAGUUGGUCUUCUUGGCUUCAUAAUCCUAUUAAUGCUACUAAGAUGAUGUAA